CCUCGUCACGUGACCCUACAUGUCAGUUUGCCGUAAUGGUGUCAAAGAGAAUGUCUCCACACUCCGGAACGUAAACAGUGUAAAAAGUUAUUUUUCGUUCGCUUUUGAGGCGAGAAUUAUAUGACACAUUCAAAAAUAUUUGAUAUGUAUUUCCUACAAAUUCAUGAGGGAGCCGAGAAGUGAAUAAUAGCGCGCAUAUUUAGUAUUUCCGUGUUGGGAGAUUGACAAACAUGGCGGCCGAACCAGGCACCUCCUACUACCAUCAGGGAGGUGCCAUUGGUAUAGGACAGAGGUAUGGCUUUGAACCCAAUCUUCCUGAAGCUGAGAUUCAAUUGCGAUUAGAGGAUCUUCGGGAACAGCUAAAGAAGGAAAUUCGUAAAGAAAUGAAAAUAAAAGAAGGGGCGGAAAAAUUACGAGAGGCAACAAGUGACAAGAAAAGUCUGUCUGAUGUCCAAAUAAUUGUAAAAAAGUCUAACAACAAAAUGAAGGAACUGCAACAGGAGCUUCAAGAGUUGGACGUGUACUUGCUCAUUUGCAACCCUGGAAGCAUUCGGCAUCGUGACAACACAAUGGGUCAAUCUCCGGAGAGAGAUGGACAAAACCAGAUUGAAAGCAACCCCACUAACUCACGGAUAUCCUCCUUACAGAAACAAUUUGAAAUAGAAAAUAAAGUAAAACAGGGUGCUGAGAACAUGAUUGGGAUGUACAGUGCCGGAUCAUUUAAAGACAAAAAAAUGUUGGCGGAAGCUCAGCUAAUGUUGAGCGAUGCAAAAACGAAAAUGGAGAUCAUUCGCAUGCAGAUGUUGAAAGUCACCCAAGAUGCUACAACAUCAGAUGUUGAUGUGACACAGCAGUGUGAGGUGUUAUCUCCCCUUGAGUUACGAAUAGAGGAGUUACGACAUCACAUGAAAAUAGAGUCUGCAGUACUGGAGGGUGCAAAAAAUGCUCUACGGCUACUACAGAUGUCUAAGUCUCCAGACAGCAAAGCUGUAAAAGAGGCACAAUCUAGUUAUACAGAAUCCAACCAAAAAUAUGAACUCUUACGAAUCUCAUUAGAAAAACGAAUUGUAGAGCUUGACCCUACAUCAUCCAAACUACAACUGCUGAAAGAGGAGUUAAAUGUAGCCACACCUACAAUAUAUCCCCCCAAGGACAAAAAGAAUCAAAAUUCUUCCCCUUUCUCCAAAUCUGCUGCAAUAACCGGAAAGUUAGAAGUCAGGUUGGUAGGUUGUCAGGGCCUACUGGAGGACAUACCUGGUCGUAAGAAGGAGAAGGAUAACCUACAGUUAUUACUAUCAAGUCCAGGAGAAAGCAAGAGUUUACUACGCAGGUCAACAAAAACAUAUAACGUCAAAGAAGAUUUAUCAAAUGAAGUGAUGGCAGUGCUCAAAUUAGAUAAUGUCCAGGUAGGCCAGACAGCCUGGAAGUCCUGUAGUCAACAGUGCUGGGACCACCGCACCAGUAUAGACUUGGACAGGUCUAGAGAAUUAGAAAUUGUGAUUUACUGGAAGGAUUGGCGACAGAUGUGUGCUGUAAAGUUUCUGCGUCUGGAAGAUUUCCUCGAUAACCAGCGACAUGGCAUGGCAAUUCACUUGGAGCCUCAGGGAAUACAAUUUGCUGAGAUAACGUUUUUGAACCCAUCAUUAUCCAGGAAACCUAAGCUACAAAGACAGAGAAAGAUCUUUCCAAAACACAAAGGGAAGAAUUUCCCACGACCUGGUCAGAUGAAUAUCAACGUAGCUACGUGGGGACGAUUGAUGAAGAGAGCUUUACCCAUUCCAACCCAGUGUUCAGAUAACUCAAAUGUCCUCAGUCCUCAGGGGCCCAUCGCUUCUCCAGGCAUAGUUUCGGCGGAUCGAGGACCACCUAUUCAUCAGAUAAACUUUGAGCCACUCACCCCUGAAGAACGGCCCCCUAGAAUACCGGAGAAAUCUCCUUCCCCAGUGUCCCCCACUAGGGAUGUCCCCACCCCACAGUAUACAACACCCCCACAGCAGCAACAGAAAGAUAUCCAGGAGGCUUUAUCAUCGUUUAAUUUCCUUCCCGAAGAUAACCCAGCCAAUGUGAUAAACCUGGAUGGGGAUACGAUGGAAUCAAACCAGCCCCAGCGGGUGCCCUCCAAUCAUAGCUCACAACCACCCCCUCCCCUUCCAGCCACCCCUCCACCCCCAGUAUUGCAGGAAACACCCAAGAAAUCUUCCAUUAAAAAAGUACCUGAGCAAGAGCCUGACUUCUCCAAUCAGUAUUGUAGAUUUGAUGACUUCCGACCCAUUAGUGUCCUAGGCAGGGGUCAUUUUGGAAAGGUGAUAUUAGCUGAAUAUAAACAUUCAAAUGAAUACUUUGCUCUGAAAGCUUUAAAGAAAGGUGAAAUCAUGGCUCGUGAUGAAGUGGAAAGUUUGAUGUCAGAGAAACGUAUUUUUGAAGUUAUUAAUUCCAUGAGGCAUCCUUUCCUGGUUAACUUAUUUGCCUGCUUUCAAACUGAGGAACAUGUGAUAUUUGUGAUGGAGUACGCAUGUGGUGGAGAUCUCAUGAUGCAUAUCCACAGUGACGUUUUCUCUGAGCCUCGUACUGUCUUCUACGCUGGUUGUGUGGUCCUCGGACUGCAAUACUUACAUGAGCAUAAUAUAGUGUACAGGGACUUGAAGCUAGACAACUUGUUGUUGGAUCAGGAGGGAUACCUGAAAAUUGCCGACUUUGGCUUGUGUAAGGAGGGUAUGGCAUUCGGGGACAGAACAAGUACAUUCUGUGGUACGCCAGAGUUCCUUGCCCCUGAGGUUCUCACUGAGACCUCGUACACACGCUCGGUCGAUUGGUGGGGGCUUGGUGUCCUCAUAUUUGAAAUGCUCGUAGGGGAGUCCCCAUUCCCAGGAGAUGAUGAAGAGGAGGUUUUUGAUAGCAUUGUCAAUGAAGAAGUCCGCUACCCUAGAUUCUUGUCAACAGAAGCCAUUGCAAUAAUGAGACGGUUACUGAGGAGAAACCCGGACCGGAGAUUAGGGUCUAGUGAACGAGAUGCAGAGGAUGUCAAGAAGCAGGCAUUCUUUAGGAACCUAGUAUGGGAUGACCUGCUAAUGAAGAAAGUGAGGCCACCAUUUUGUCCUACUGUAAAACAUUCAGAGGAUGUGAGUAAUUUUGAUGAUGAGUUCACCCAGGAGAAGGCAAUCCUGACUCCAGCCAAGGAGCGACGCCCAUUGAGGAACGAGGAUCAGUUACUAUUCACAGACUUUAACUACAUCGCAGACUGGUGCUGACACCUACUAACCUCUGUUUGGCUAGCCACAAUUACACUACCACGGUUUAGUCUGUUUUUGGACUAUCCACGCAUGCUGUCUACUGGUUGUAUUGUACCGAUCACUGGGCUUUAAAACGUGUAUGCUGCAGUGUAAUGGACAAUCUUGUGGCUUAUCAGUGUCUACACAGCAGUGAUGUAGGCUUCGUGGCCAUGAUGGUAGGGAGGUAGUGCCUUACAGAACUACCGGAGUGAAUGAACUGCUGUGUGUCCCUGCUGUUAUCCCAGCAGUACCGCAAUCGGCCAGCCCUAUAGUGCUUAUGUCAGGGUUGUUACGAAUUGGACGACAUUACAUAUAUGGCUGUACCGAGGAGUACACGCUACCUGUGUAUCAUCCUUGGAACUUCUGGGCUGAUCUACAUCCUACAACUUCUUCGUUGUAGUAUUGAGAGUGAAUGUGGGCAUAAUACUGCAAAUAUAUCCAGAGCCAAGUAGACGACACAUUCUAUUAGAAACUUGUUUAUUGUUGCUAAGCAACUUGUGUCCAAUUCAUAUCUACCAGUUUGCUGGAAUUAAAAAUUUGGCCAACUUUUUUACUGCUGUGAUGCAUACAGACUAAAUAUUUGCAGUAAAACAAUAAGUGGUAAUGUUGGACAAAGUUUGUUAUCAGUCCUUCGUCAGUCCAGAAUCGAGAAACAACAAUAGAUAUUAAUCCACAGCUUUGUUAAAGAUUCCGAUCUCCAUGUUAAAGAUUGUUAAAAUGUUAAUGUGGCUUGACAUCAUACAUGGAAAUACAUGAAUUGCAUUUUGCGAGUUAUUUGGUGUGUUUAUCUUCAUUGCAUUCAAAUUAUAACAAAUUGGCUAAUAUUCCAUUCGUUCUUAUUAAAAAGAUAGAUAAAAUUGCAAACAUUUAAAAUUCACACUUUUGAUAUUUUUCACUUAAAAAAAAAUAUUGAGAUACACAGUAUAACUUAGGACAUUGAGGCCUGCGAAGGGUAAUGGGUUUGAUGGCAACCUUGAGGCCUGCGAAGGGUAAUGGGUUUGAUGGCAACCUUGAGGCCUGCGAAGGGUACUGGGUUUGAUGGCAACCUUGAGGCCUGCGAAGAGUACUGGGUUUGAUGGCAACCUUGAGGCCUGCGAAGGGUACUGGGUUUGAUGGCAACCUUGGUCAUUUUUGUGACGGUCAUUGACUGCUGUACUAUGUAUCUUGCUGUUUAUUACCAGAUUGGGAUGCCUGGACUGUUUUCAGAAAUAAUUUUCUGUCCCGUGCGUAUUUGUGUAGAAGGUUACACUGUCAAGGGUUGUGUGUUUGAUUGUGAAGAUGUUGGGUGUGAAACAAGCAUAUUACAUUUGUGUGUUUCGCUUUAGACAAGGCCACAUUAUGGCAGGAUUAUUGUCUGUAUGUAAGAUUUACUCAUUGAAUGAUUGCAGAUAUUCGUUAUACAUGUACAGAAUGUAUAUGUCAAAAUGACUUUGGAAAACUUUCAAGUUUGUUAUGGUACAAAUUGUAUAUUUACAAAAUGCAUAACAAAUAUAUAUUUUUAUUAUGAACUUUGUUGUGAACUUUUGACUUCAACAAUAGAAAAUGAUAACAAGAGGCCCAAUGGGCCUGUAUCACUCACCUUAUUCUACAGAAAUUUUGAAGUUGAUCUAGGUCAUUUCUUCAGAUAAAUAUGAUAAGCUGAUGACCACAUGUACAUUAUUCAGGUAUUAGAGAAGGCUAGGUUUAUUCAUGUCAAUAAAUUGUCUAGUUCUUCAUACCAAAAUACUAUUGGCCUAUUAUCAGAUCUUGGAGUCUCUUAGCUACCAAGAAAUCAUUGUUUAAAAGAUUUUAGCCUACUUGACCUCUGAGAUCUUGAAUGUAGGUAAAGGUCAUUUAUUUGAACAAACUUGGUAGCCCUUCACCCCAGUAUGCAACAGACUCAAUAUCAAGUCCCUGGGCCUCUUGGUUAUUGAGAAGAUGCUGUUUAAAGAUUUUAGCCUUUUUGACCUGUGACCUUGAAUGUAAGUCAUUCAUUUGAAUAAACUUUCUAGCUCUUCACCCCAAAAAUGCCAUCAGGACCAAUAUGUGACCAAGUUGUGUAAAUGAAAAAGUUGACAGACACAGCACCAUGGCAUAAGCUCACUUGGCCUUAAGACAGAUGAGCUAAUAAAUUACCAGAGAUAAAGUAUGAUGUUGUAAUGCUUAAAUUUUAAGCAGUUUGUUGUAGGGAAGGUCUACCUUUAUAUGUCUAGAAACAUCAGUGUAUCAUGUUCUGGCAUGUGGAUAAAAAAUGUGUGAUGUCAUCACGUAAAGUCACAAGGAAAACAAAGAUGUCACAAAUUCACAGCAAACCCAAAAUGAGUUGGGCUAUAUUAUCAAAAAAAGUUUGUGUAAUAAUUAUUUGACACACUUUUGUUAAGUUCAUGAUCAUUUAUAUAGCCUCAAAAUCUAUGAAACUAAUUUCAUGUAAAUCAUGCAUGUAAAAUGGAAACUUCAUUUAGAUGAAAUAUAUAACACUAAUUUUUGGAAACACUUCCUACCUAAUUUGUUAAAUUAAAAACAACUUUUCAUUUUAAUAAUUGCUGGACACGGUGGUCUACAGUUCACAAGCUAGAUUUGAUUGUCUUGUGUGCACUAAGUAUUUGACUGACAAUAACUAUUUGAGCAUAGCAAUUAGAGCAUGUUAGCCUUGAGAGAUUGACAUUCCUAUUGCUGUUAUCUAUUACAUACAGGUUUUCUGUAACCUAAGGUUUACCAGGAAGGGCAUUGUAGCUAUAUUUUACUGGAGAACAUUUGUAAUUGAUAAAUGUUGAGGAUAAUUAUUAUCUGACUGAAAAGUAAAUAGUCUUCAUUCUUAAUUGAUUUGCUGCUUUUGAUCAAAUGCUCUAUUGAGUUCCCAUUGUCAAAAUGUAAUGUACAGAAUUUACACUACAGUUAAUAAACUAAAUCCGAAAAGUAAUGGAUAGUCAUACCUGCUGUAAAUCUGUAAGGAUUCCUGCUGUAAAUCUGUAAGGAUUCCUAGGCCUGCUGUAAAUCUGUAAGGAGACAUAUCUUCCUGUAUCAUUCUCAGGACCUUCUUUUGAUCGUGUGAAGCAACUUGUUUAACAGACGACAAGGAGGGCAGUUACUGUAAGAUAUAUACUGUAUGUUAGCUUUGGACAUAUUCAAGAAGCAAGUGGUGUACUGUGUGAGGAUGGAAAUGUUCACAAAACAAUAACUAUGCAUCUCAUAUCAGUUGACUGUGUGCACUAGCGGGUUUAUCUCAUAUCAGUUGACUGUGUACACUAGCGGGUUUAUAAUUGAAAUAAUUUGGAUGUAGUGCCAUUUUAAUGUAAACUUUGUUUUGAAAGAAUGUUAAUAAUGUAGCAUGCAUAAUGUCUCGUCAAGUGCUAUUAAUUUAUUUUUUGUAUGAACUUAUAAGCUGGUCCAUCCAACAUAUAGAGUAGACUGCUUUGUGUCUUAUAAAUCAGGUUCUAAUACAUAGCUAUAGGAGAUAAUGUUACUGAAGCUAACUUAAUAUAUAUCAUUUCAUCUUCAGUUGAAUAUAUUUCUAUCGGUAUUUAUUUUUUGUAGAAUUAUACCAAGUAAGUGUAUUCAAGUAAAAUCCUGUAAGAAUCAUGUUUCAUCAUAUCUUAAAAAGUUAUCUUGUUGUAUUAGAUACUGGUAUUUGCAUGCAAUUUCAAAUAAUUAUUUCACAUGCAAGCCCAUUUGUCAAGAUAAAACUUUUUGGAUACAUUAUUUUACAGUUGUAUGGUUAUAGAAAAUACUUGCUGUUCAGUUCAUCAGUAACUGUUAAAAAUAAGUGGCAAUAUAUGACCUAAAUGUAAUAAUUAUAUAAGUAAAAUGACAUAUUCUGUGGACUGUCAAAAGUUACAUACGGUAUGUAGUAGGUACAGGUAGGAAUUCAUUUUUAUUUCGGCUGGCAGUCCUACAGGACAAUAUUCUAUAGUUUUGAUGAUGUGCUGUUAAUUAAUCUCGUUAGCUGGUGGCCUUAUGGUAUACAUAUCAAGGUUACAUGUGAAUGUUGCUAUUGAAUACUGCUUAUUUAACAACCUAACACUGUGGAAAUUUAGUUUGAAUUUCUUGCCAUUUCUUUGUGUGAACAUUUGUUGCCUUGCCCAAAUCAAUUUUCUCAAUUUUCUUGCUGCUACUCCGAUAUUUCUCGCCGGAGAACACAUUCGAUUUGUCUGGCUGUCCCUUCAGAUUAGCAAUAUGUGUAGUCAAGCUUUGAUAAAGUAGUUUUGAAAGGAAGGGUUGUUUUGUGUAAAAAAAAAAAGAAGAGAGAGAGAUUGGAUAAAGAUAAGUAUGAUGAAUUUUGGUGAAUAUUUUCCCCAGCUUUUUGAGAUUAAAUGUGAGAGAACAAUUUUCUCUAAACCACAGAUACAAAAUCUGUGCACUGUUAUGUGGUUGUGGACAGUUUUAAGACAUGUCCAGCCUGUUGUUGCCCCUCCUUGCACUGUUGUUCUGAGUGAAUACAUGUAUGUGAAUGUUUGUGAUGUAUAUACUACAUGGGGGAGUGAUUUAUGUAUGGAUGUCAAUGAAAUUAAUCCGAGAUUGAUCAUAGUUACCAGCCGAUUAUAGAAGGAGUGGUGCUCGAGAUGCGAUGGCUUGAAAAUUAAAUGUGGUUGUCUUAAUAAUGUGCAUGUAGAAUUGACUUUAGGCAAAAACACAUUUGCUUUUAUAAUGAUUUAGGGGAGAUAAUUCAUCUUGGCGAGGAUAAGAUAUAUAAAAUCAAAAUUCUGUUUGUACAAUAUAUUAGUACAAAGUACUGUUGGGCUGCUAGAUGGAUCCUCCUUUGAUAUUCCCUGUGACCCUGCAGUAGACCACUGUUUGAUCCAGCAGUAGUGCUUUUCACUGGUGUGAACCCACUGUCGCCAUUCCAGCCUCAAUCUCCAGUUCCAGUCUCCACUCAAUUAUUUGAAUACUGUUUAUUAUUUAUUCUUGUACAUUAUUUUCCCUCCCCGCCUUUCCAAAAACUCUUCUUACCAUGUUGUAGAAAGAUGAACAAACAAUAUACUCGCAUUUCAUUCACAUUAAUAAAAUGACAUGAAACUA